AUAACCGAAAGGGAUUAUAGUAGUUUAUGGGACGUCAAAAAUUCCCUAGCUACAUAUAUGAAGAUAUUAUAACAGUGUUUGAAUGCAGUGUAGCCUACAUGUACGAGAACGAAGCACAAAUCAUACGUGUAUUAUAGAAACUUUGUGUGUACGUACUAUUAGGAGACUCUCUCAGAUUCUGACGCAAUUUGAAGAAAGGUGAGACUGCUUUGCGAUGAAAGUCUAGCCCUUAAAGGGGGAGUUGUCCACCAUGUCGUGGGUGGGCCUCGGUGCGGUACUCUUCCUGGCAACAUUUGGCCUAUUGUCUCCAUUCCUCUUGGUCUUUUACAUUCUGGCAUUCUUUGGAGGGGGGCUGAUCAUUCUGUACAGGAUUCACUCCAAGAAGGAAAGUGCUGCGUCUCUAGAUCGGAUAACGCCAAACUUAAAGCUUGAGGACGAGCUGAUAGGGCUUGGUGUGAUUGUUGACCGAUUAAAAGAAGGCCCUCAAUCCUUUAAGAGCGACAAGAGACUUACUGGAGCUAAACUUAUCGACGGCCAGCUACAAGAGGUGUUAUUACUUGCCUUUAGAGAUUACAUCCAUCCAUGGUAUCAUCAACUCAGCGAUCAGGAACAGUUCCUUUAUGAAAUCAGACAGACCAUGCAGAGUUGCAUCAUCAACUUUGCUACAAAAUCGAAAGAGGUAGAUUGGGUUCACUUUUUUACGAGAAAAAUGGUCGACGAUUUUGCUACACACGUUAGAAUGUUCCGCAAGGCGCAAGAUAAACUUAAAAAGAUGUCACUGCCUAAAGAUCCGACAGAAAUGCUACCUAGUUUAGAGGCGGUUUUCUUUGAUCUGGAAGUAGAAAUGGAGAAUGAUAUAUGCAGGGAACUAGUCAGCUUGGACGAAUCUAAAGAACAAGAAUACCUCCAAGGCAUCACGGAAAUUCUACUUUUUCUACUGAUCCCCGAUGCUGAUUUCAGCAGUAAGCCAUUCCGACUCCUAAUCCGAGAGAUAAUCGUCUGCAAUGCUUUACGUCCCCUCAUUGAGAUGAUCACUGAUCCGGAUUACAUCAACCAAACUAUCAUAUGGGCGUGUGGAGAUGUGCCAGUGACGACCGAAGCCCUCUUAACAAUCGUCAAAGUGUGUUCGACCAUCGAGGAACUGGACGCCGUGAUAGAAAUCCUCGACAAUGAAAUCUACAAGCAGAGGUCAAGGGAUGCCAACAAGCCUUACAAAGAUGAGACUGACUCCAAGCAGCAGUUGAACAGCUUGCAGUACUUGAAGCAGAUGUGCAAUGAUACCAUCAAUAGAAUCAUGACGGGAGAGGACAUCGAAUCGGCAGAAGAAGCUAAAGACUUUGAAAGUGAGGGUGCCCUCCCGAAGGAUGUUUGCUUCGAAACGAAACAGAAUAACGAUGAGGAGCUAGGUAAGAGCCUGUAUUCCUUGCCUCUCGAUAUCGUGCUCAUAAAUAGUAUAGCUGUGGCAUACUUCAUUGAUUUCAUGAGGAAUGCCGGAGCUCAAGCCUACGUCUUCUUCUGGCACACCGUGGAGGGUUUCAGAGUGAUGGCGGAGCAGCAACUAUCGGAGAUCCAACUACGCAAGAUUAAUAACCAGGCCAAGAGGUCGUUAGCGAGUGCAAUGAACUUAGAUAUGAUCCGGAAAGCGGCGCUCAAUAUAUUCCAGGAGUACUUAUCGGAGGAUGCAACAAACAGAGUGAAACUCGAGGGCAGUAUAGUGAAGAAGACCUACCAAAGAAUACGAUCAGACGGUCUGUCGGGUAGUGUGUUUGACGAAGCACAAAGAAGGGUUCACGAUAUUUUACAAGAGGAGCGAUUCUUCCCAGCCUUCAAGCAGAGCACCUACUACGUCAAAUGUCUGGAGGAGCUCGACCUACUGAAAGGGGAUGAGAACAGCGGCCGCCUUGGUGAUGAUGACAUGACUCAGGUGGACUCCUCCCCUGAAAAUAGCACCGCUGGGUCUUCCGAAGAUCUAUCUUCAAUUGGGAGCCAAGGUUCUCUUGAACACCUCAACAUUCAUACAAACAAUUCAUCACCAGACGGCUCUCCACAAAUCACUGCCUGUGUUACAAACUCAACUCUCGUGAAAGAGAAAGGAACAACGUACGCUGUCUAUGCGAUCCACGUCACGCGCACCGACCCGAAGGGUGUAACGGAAAUCUGGGACGUCUACCGGAGGUUUAGCGAUUUCCACGAUCUCCACAUGUGUCUGACGGAACGCUUCGAUACUCUGUCCUCCAUGGCGUUACCGAGUAAACGUCCAAUUAGAAACACAGCAAAGAGCUUCCUCGACAAGAGGGGUAAAGCACUGACGACGUAUUUACAGACUUUACUUAACAUCGAUGUGUUGAGUAAUAAUCCGGGGAUGCAAGGCAUCGUCUGUAACUUCUUAGAGCCGGGUGUUUACAACAGAGGCAAGGGUCAACUUGCUAGAAAGAUGGACCACAUUGUCAACCCGUUCAAAACAGGCGUUCGAAGUGUAGCUCACACAGUUCGCUCUGUACCCGGUAACCUGGUAGACGGGGUUAACAUGGUGUCCGACAAGAUGACAGAUAGUAUCAAUAAAGUAUUCACUAAUAAAUCCAAAGAUGAGGAGUCCGAAGAUAUGGGCAGAGUGUCGGAGCACAUACGAGCUGAUGAUGAUGAUAACAUUCCACUAAGGAUCAUGCUGUUACUGAUGGAUGAAGUAUUCGACUUGAAGAGUAAGGAUCAAUGGCUGAGACGUCAGGUUGCUACCCUUCUAAGACAAAUCAUCAAAGCGGCAUUUGGCAGUAAAAUAAACAGUAAAAUUGUGGAAAGCGUCGAAGGAUUAACAUCUCCCGAACAAAUCGCAGAAUAUGUCAAGCAGUUCAGGGAAUCGUUUUGGCCCGGUGGGAUCCUGGCUGAGGUGGCUCCAGAGAGAAGUGAGAAUGUCAAGUUAAGAACGCUUGUCGCUGCUAAGGUUAAAUUGUUCAGCAGUAUACCAGAUGAACUCAAGAAUUUUAUCGGAACGGAGACGAGUCGUCGGGGGAUGAUGCGUCUUAUGCAGAUGCUCCAGAACCGCGCCCUAAACAAACGUCUUCUCUACGUCAUCUUUGAGGGCCUUCUAACCAUCAUCUUCCGCGCCAAUAAGUUCAAGGAAGUCUUCCGGAAGUUGCACGGGCAGUCCCCGCGGCUACAACAGCGGCGGGAGAAUGGCACGAUGCAGCAGCAACAGCAGCAGCAACAGCAGCAGCAGCAGAAACCAAUGAAUUGGCAGCACGUUAACAAGGUGCGGAAUCGGGAACAGUUGCAACGGCGGGACACAAGGUGACCCAGGUGGAGGGAGAGCUAAUAAUGGAACAGCCACCCUUUUAUGUUUGUUUUGGGGAAUCCGCAUGGGAGGGAGUUUGUUGGUUGGAAUCUCCGGACUGCUUUUCGCCAAAUAUUAUUUCAAGAGUGUAUUCUUUUCUGAGACCACAGAGAGAAAUUUGUGAGAGUAGACAAAACACCAAAACUAUGCGCUGUUUUCCUUUUUGGUGAAAGCGACGAAACUUGUGACGACACAAGUAAAUAGUGUUCCUCAAUUUGUUUCAGAAAUAUCAAACCCUAACACUAAUUGGGAUUUAAAACUUAAAAUCUAUUUGCGGAUAUAGAAUUGAAAUAGUAGAAGAGGCCAUAUUGGAAACACCUUCAACUUUCUAUUUAAAAAAAUAAAGUAACAACUUUUUCCGGAUAUGGAAUUGAAAUAGUAGAAAAUCCCAUAUAUAUCGGAAAAUCCUUUAACUUUCAUAAACAUAACCAAGUAUAUUAGUUUAAGAAAUUUGUUUAGAAAAGCUUAAAACAAGUUUUCAUGUAUCCUCACUAAAAUUCCAAAAUCAAUUUUAGACAAGACAAAUGUCUCUGCCAUGUUUGAAAAAUCAGAUUCUGUUUUUCCUUCUGUUUCUUAACUUUUAUUCAUAGUUAACCCAGGUAUAUAUUUUGUACUCGUGUAAAAUAACCCCAAACUAUUUUUCAAAUCUUACGAUGGUGUUGAACCUAUCCAGAAACAUUCUUGCCCUGUUGUUUCGCUUGUUGUUGUUAUUGUUGUUGUUUGUUUGUUUGUUUGUUUUGAUUAUGAAAGAAUGUUUGUCGGCAAUACUGUAAAUAGAAAGUGCUAUAAAAAGUGGAUUAUCUCCAGAACUAUUUUUGAAAAAUUGGAGAAUGAAAUCUCAAAUCCUCAGUGCUUGUUUACAAAAUGUGUUUCAGAAGUUGAAAGAGAGUGCAGUAAAUUUGAUUUUGUUUCAACCCAAAAUAGUCUGUUUAGUGGACUUCAGCUCAGAACAUGGGCGUACGGAUGACUCGUGUGUUUUCGUUGAUUUGCCUGAAAUUUUGCACAGAUAAUAACACACUAUCAUUUUGUAAUGUUGGGUAAAAAGUCCUUUAGGUUUUCUUCUGUCUGUGCCUGAAUUUAGCGCAAGAGUUUUACCCAAUUUGGAGGGCAGUUACCCCCCUUGGCUGCCCUUUGUCAUACGCCUAUGGUUAAGGAAAGUUCUCUUUCAGAUUAACUUAGACAUAGACUCAUGCUCUGUUGAAUCCGCAUAUAAAAUCUGCGCAGACAGUCACCGUUGCCACCUUACAGCGCAAGCGAGAAAUUUCUGCAUAAAGCUGAAGUGCGCACAAUUUACCAGAAGAUGUUCUUACCUGUGAAAUAUGCUUACUUUAAAUGUAUUUUUUCGCUUACGGUAACUUCAAGUGUGGUUUUUUUUAAACGUGAAGCUUUGACUGCAAGGACCUGAGUGUCUCUACAAAAAAAAACAGUGACGAUUUAUGACCAAACUAUUAACUUGAAGAAGAAAAACAACUUUAAAAAAUAAAACCUGCAGGAAGAAAGGUUUCACCUAAUAAAAUCAGCUGCACUGCCACCUGUUGAGGAUGGGUUGAAUGAUCGUGUACAAAUUUUACUCUAAAGAAAAUGCUUUUAUUUAUAAGUAAACAAACAAUAAGCAGUAUUUUUAAAAUUGAAAAUGAUUGUUGUGUGUGAGAAUUUAUUGAUUUUAAAGGAAAUGUUUGUGAAAUUGCAACUGAUACUUCAUGUCUUUAGGAAGUAACCUCUAGUUAGAGACACUGGACACUAUUGGUAUUGGUUAAAGACCAGUCUUCUCACUUGGUGUAUCUCAACAUAUGCAUAAAA